AAGGAACCGAGAGUCCCCACAGCCCAAGGUAGGAAAGCCACACAGCAGACGCCACUGAACCCUGGCUGCGUCCUCAGUGCCCAAUGCUCCUGCAGUCAUGCUGAGCCUGUACAGAAACACUGCGCAUCCAGGCCGGGCAGGGAACAUGCUACAGCAGGAGGAGGAGGAGGAGGAGGAUGGAGAUGACUAUGAGAACACAGCGCCACCGUAUAAGGACCUUCCUCCCAAGCCAGGUUCAGGAGCUCCACCGAGACCACCCAAGGCAGGAAAUAAAGUGGAGAGCCCCACUCUUCCUCCCAAACCCCCAAGGAUUACAGCCCUGGAUCUCCCCCCAGUAACCUCUGCGUCUCCUCCCUUUGGUGCCAACUCUCGGGAGCCUCCUCCGUUCCCGCGGCCGUCGCUAACUACCUCAGCAACUCCAGUGCCCUGGAUCAGCCUGAAGCCUGGGGGUUCUGGGGGCCAACGGGAGGAGAGGUUGUUGAUAAUCCUGUGUCUGCUGGUGGUGACUUCCCUGCUCCUGAGCGGCAUCAGUCUGAUUGUGGCCCUUCUUAAGUACCGGCAGGUGGUGGAGGCGCUGAGCGAGGUGUCCGUCCAGCAGAGGGCAUGGCGGGAGAACGUGACUGGCGGAAUGGGGCUGGCAGGCCUGAGGAAGGACAUUGACCGUGUAAGAGCUGACACAAACCAGUCGCUGGUGGAACUUCAGGGCUUAUUAAAGUGUGCCAGGGUCACCUGCCCUGAGAAGUGGCUGCCCUUUGAGAACAAGUGCUACUACUUCUCGUCGAGGACCAAGUCAUGGGAUGAGGCCCGGAUGUUCUGCCAGGAUAACUACUCUCACUUGGUCAUCAUCAAUAGCCUGGCCGAGCACAAUUUUGUGGCCAAUGCUCACCGCUCUUCACGAGUUUACUGGCUGGGGCUGAAUGACAAGGACAAAGAAGGUGACUGGAGGUGGCUGGAUGGCUCUCCUAUCACAUUAAGUUUCUGGGACCCUCAGGAACCCAACAAUUUCUAUGAGGAAGACUGCGUCUGUAUGAAUAAAGGUGGCAACUGGAAUGAUCUCUCGUGUGCCAAAACUACGUACUGGAUUUGUGAGCGGAAAUGUUCCUGCUGAGCCGGCCCUUGGAGAGGAGUCUCUGCCCCUUCCCGAUAGGCUAUGCCUCUUGGCGAACUCACCCGGAUGUGUUAGAAGUGUGGUCGGCGGCCCAGUAGUAACACGUUCUGGCACCAGCUGGGCCCUUCUGUUUCAGAAGGACGGUGAGCUGGCGGCUGCUGGGUCUUGGCAGCCUGAGAGCUCCCAGUUCUGGGAUAUGGAGGACAUUUGCCAGAUUCCUAGUUGUGGCUCUGGAGAGUCAAUUGUGGCUGGGUACUCUGGGUCUCCCACUGCAUUGGGCUGACACCUUCUGGCCUCCCUGGGCCAUGCCGAGAUGGAACUGGGACAGGGCUCCUUUAUGGCCUCCUUGGUGUGCAGCAGCUCCUGAGAAGUGGCAGGGACAGAACAAUUU